UAAACCACCUCUAGGGUUCCAAAACUUUACCCACUCUCCCUUUCCAAAAUGAAAUAAGAAAAUUCUUAAAGUUAAGUGUAUAAAAAUGUCAGACAACAUUCCUUUGGAAUUGCAAGUCGAAAUAAUCAAAAGGGUUCCUGUAAAAUCAUUGCUUCAAUUCCGGUCAGUUUCGAAACAAUGGAAGUCAGUCAUCGACAGCCCCCAUUUUGCUGAUGAUUACUGCCUCCGCCAUUCGCAGCCCCGUUUGCUGAUAAGUGACAGAAGUCCAAUGGCUGUUGUAUGGAAUCCUUGGAUUAGAAAAUGUGUUGAUGUUCCUGUCCCUAAUGUUCUGUUUGGUUCGUACCAAGUAGUUUUAGGUUUUGGGGUUAGUCCUCUAACUAAGGACCCUAUGAUUGUUAAGAUUGUUAGUAGUUUUCUUGAUCCUGAAGCUCACAUGUCAGUCCCAAUCCCGUGGCGAGUUGAGGUUUUUAGUUUAAGCUCGGGGACUUGGAAAACUCCAUCAUGUAGCGGAAACAAUCUGCCUUGUCGCAAUUCGAUUAGGCUUUGUUGGAGUCAAGUUGCUUUUGACGGGGUUAUUUAUUGGCUUGCUAGUGAGACGACUACCGUGAAUGGUAGAUUGCGGCGUAACAAUCUGAUUAUGUCAUUUGAUAUGAGUAGUGAGGGAUUUGAAGAAGUAUGCCUCCCAGAUUAUUUAGCACGCCUAAUCAUUUAUGAUUUAUCAAUCUUUAAGCGAAUGGAGUCCGUUGUCGUGCUUGAAAUGGAUGAUACUAGAACUUAUUUUGGUGUAUGGAUGAUGGAGCAAGGGGUUACUAAAUCCUUUACAAAACUAUUCACUGUUAUGACACCGGGUGGUUCACUUUUUUGUAGAUUACGUGGAUUUAUGAAGAAUGGCGAACCUAUUGUUGACCAUGGAUCUGAUGCACUUUUUGCUUAUGGCUCUUACUCGGAACCGAUCAAGGAUCUUGGGAUUGUGGGAGAUAGUGAAAGCUUCGACGUGAAUUCUUACAUGGAAACUCUACUUUUGAUUGAUCAAUGAAAUUAGGGCAUAAAUUGCAGGCCAUGAUAAUGGUUGCUUUGCAAAGUAGGAAGCCAAGAGCACACAAGGUAUGGAAACUGAAGUGGAAUUAAACCAUAGAUUAGUGUAAGUUCAUGAAAUGUUGAAUGCAUUUCAUAUGGAUUAGUUAUGUUUGUUAGUAGUUUAAUUAUAAUUUUGUUAUGUUGAAUUUGGAAAAAAAAAUAAAAAAUAUAUGUGAGCGAUAUUUACUUA